AUGGCGAGUGUAUCUAAUGUUGGUCAUACUGUGUUACCUGAUGCAGCAAAAUACUUUGGGAUUCCAUGCCCCAAUACAGAGUCUCAAAACGGCGAAUGUCGUGUUGAUUGCCCUGAUAAUGAUGCCGAAGAAAGGAAUGUCGAGAUUUUCUCGACCGACAAUGGUUGUAUCGCCAUUGGAGUUGCAAAUAAUGAUUCUCCUUUAAGUAGUGGUUCAGCUGAUGUGCCUACCGUGACAAAUGCAGCAAAUUCUCAGGUUGUUUCAGAACCAUCAGGCACUACUGAAUCUCCAACUGAGAAAAACAAAACCAGUGAAGUUGCAGAUAGUGAUACCAGUUCUCCUGAUGCACCAGAAAAGCCAUAUGUUCCUCCUGUGAUCAAGAUCAAUCUUGAGCCCGAGCAACCAGUGAUACAACAGGAGAUUGUUGACUUGUACAUGAAAAGCAUGCAGCAAUUUACAGAGUCAUUAGCUAAGAUUGAAACUUCUGAGAACGGUGAGAAUGGGAGCAAGCAACAAGAUGUUUUUAUAAUGAGCAGUGGUGAUGGGGAUGUUUCUACUGCAGAUGUGCAAAGGCCCGGUCAAAAUUUUACUGUCAAAAUAUAUCCAGUGGAAUGCUGUCCAACUGUUCGACGAAAUGUCACUAAAGCAUACAACGUUUUGCUAGAUGCUUUUGCAAUUUCUGGAAGUAUUUUACUUGGAUUUCUAGGUGGUACUGAUGGUUUGUUUGCACAGAAAACUAUAGAAAUCACUUAUGAUAUUCUUUCUUCUUUCAAAAACCAAGGUGGUUUUGAUUUGCUGGGCCGAAUCCAAGAUCAGAUUAGAACAAGUGAGCAAGUCAAUGCUGCUAAGGUUGCAUGUGAAGCAUUGAAAUUGAAUGGUCUUGGCAUUAUUGGGGGUGUCACAUCCAAUACAGAUGCUGCUCACCUAGCCGAGACUUUUGUGGAGGCUGAUGUUGGCUUUGACACUAUAUGCCGGGUUAAUUCACAGCUUAUAAGCAACAUUUGCUUGGAUGCUCUUUCCGCAGAGAAGUAUUAUUAUUUCAUUCGCUUGAUGGGACACAAGGCAUCUCAUGUUGCUGUGGAAUGUACUCUGCAUAUAAAUCCAAACAUGAUAUUCCUAGCUGAAGAGGUGGCCAUGUCAAAAGUUAACCUCUUUGAUAUUACAAAACAAAUAAGUGAUGCAGUCCAAGCAAGAGCAGAACAAGGAAAGUAUCAUGGUGUCAUGCUCAUCCCUGAGGGACUAGUAGAAAGCAUUCCAGAACUAUUUGCGCUGUUGCAGGAAAUUCGUGGCCUCCAAAGCCAAGGAGUUGAUAUGGAGAGCAUAUCUUCUCCUCUUUCUCCCUGGGCAUCUGCAAUAUUUGAAUUUUUGUCACCAUUUAUCAGAAAACAGUUUUUACUUCCUCCUGAAUCUGAUAAUUCAGCACAGUUUUCUGAGAUUGAGAUAGAAAAGCUUUUAGCUCAGCUGGUGGAUGCAGAAAUGAACAAGAGAAUUGGAGAUCUUUCGUCAUUUGAUGAAAAUGAACACAAGGUCUUCAAUUGGGGGAAUCCACUUCAUGUCUUAAUUUUGAAAUCUGCAUUUAAAGUAUUCGACCCGGGAAUCUAGUUGGGAUGUUCGC